GGGGCCCCAUGAUACCCUAUUGCCCGGGGGCCCCAUGAGUUGUCAGUCCGCCCCUGUGUGCCUGAUGAUCAGUGUGGCCCCAGAAGUACCACCUGUCAGUGUCCAUCAGUGCCACGUGCCAGUGCCCAUCAGUGCCACAUCAAUGCCACAUAUCAGUGCAUACCAGUGCACAUCAAUGCCACAUAUCAGUGCCCAUCUGAGCUGCCUUUCAAUGUCACCCAUCAGUGCCAGUCAGUGCCACCUAUCAAUGCCAAUCAGUGCCACCUAUCAGUGCCAAUCAGUGCCGCCUAUCAGUGCCAGUCAGUGCCACCUAUCAGUGCCAGUCAGUUCCGCCUAACAGUACCAGUCAGUGCCGCCUAUCAAUGCCAGUCAGUGCCACCUAUCAGUGCCAGUCAGUGCUGCCUAUUAGUGCCAUAUAUCAGUGUCAUGUAUCAGUGCUGCCCUUCAGUGCCCAUCAGUGAUGCCUGUCAAUGCCCAUCAGUGCAACCUACCAGUGCCUCCUCAUCAGUGCCCAUCAGUGCCACCUAUCAGUGCAGCCUAUCAGUGCCCAUCACUGCAGCCUCAUUAGCGCACAUCAGCGAAGGAGAAAAAUCACUUAUUUACAAAAUUGUAUAACAAAAAUGAAAAAAAAACUUUUUUUUUCAAAAUUUUCAGUGGUUUUUGGUUUGUUUAAGAAAAAAAUAA